AUGAACAACUUAUUUUCGAAUAUGCCAAUUUUCAUGCGCCGUCGUAAUUCAUUGACUGAAGAUUCAAAAGACCAUCCUUUAUUACAGCAAGACACCCUCACAUCAGAUCCCAACAAAAAAGGGCUAUUGCAACGUAUUCCCAGUUUUUCUUAUUCUCCGACAAUUAAGCGUCACAACUCAAUACGUUCUAUGAAAAAGACACUUCAUCGAAAAUCAAGUAAAUCGAUUUUUAAUUCUACCACAACCUUCACUAUUAGCUCCGAUGGAGAAUCAUCGAGAAAUUCGGCAAUUUCAACUCCUGAUACAUCAAAUUCUUGCAGAUCAGAAGGUUAUAUCAGUUUUCCUAAUUAUGAAUAUUUUGACGGGAAUUUAUUCCUUGACGAUGAACAAACCUAUUUGUUGAAAAAAAAUUUUGGGGGAGUUGAUAUGGAACGGUACGAUGAAAUGUUUGUUGGAGACGCGAAGAUAGAAUACUAA